GUAGGCACCUUGUCGUGGUGCAGAGGCUUAAACCGCAGCACAGCACGGCAUCCCCCAUCCACCAGGGAUGAUGCUGCUUAGCAUCUCCCCUGGGGGAUGGCAGAGGCCGCAUGUGCGCGGCGACCAAGAGCUACCACCUCCUAAUCCAGGGUGUUAUGCGACCCGUGCCCAUUGGAUGAUUUGCAGCCAGGAGGUCAAUUCGGCUGUAUUCGUACGGAGCCUUCCCAAUACCGGGCCGCAUUGAGAAGUAACGGUGGCCUUACUGCGUCAAGGGGCUCUGGCGCAGCGGACUUUCAGAUUCCCCUUAUUGAAGACUAGACCGGGAGGCCCACAACACGGGCCAAACGGUCGUAAGAAAAAGAUGGAACAACAAAAUAACAAAACAACUAACAACAACAAACAAACAACGGCAACAACAACGGCAGAAACAACAUCGACAACCGCAACAACAACAACAACAAUUGCAACAACGGACAAAAGCAGCAGCAGCAGUAGCACUGCAAGCAAGAGUGGCCCAGGAACUAGGAAAAAGUCUAGCUUCCUGGAUGCCCUGUCGCCCGAAGAGCGAGCAUUCUUUGAGGAGCACGCACGGGACGACGACGAUGUGCCCUCCUGCAGCAGUGCACAGCGUGGUAAGUCAGUGAAGACCACGGUAAAGCGCGCAAAUGCUGCCCCCGCAACCCCCUCGAGCAGGACCGACUGCGGAGAGGAGGGUGGUUUCACGAAAGUGGAAUCAAGGGGUGAACGGAAACGGAGAAGGCAACGAGGGAACAUUCCGCGUACCCCGGAGCCAGGACAGCCAGAAGGUCAGGGCGAUCCUCGCAAAGCAGGAAUGAGCGGAGCCACUCUUAAGUGGUACCGAAGAUUCCUGGAGGACGGCUUGACACCAGAGUCAGCUGAAAAGCGGGCUCUGAGUAGGAGCAGUGGGUACAACCCCUCUCCCAACAAAGAACAGCGCGUAGGCGUAGGCUUCACCGGAGCCUUUAACGGCAUAUUUUUCAAGGGUGGCAUGCUGCUGGUUGACUGCCAAAAUGAAAAGUCGGCCACCUGGCUGAAAGGGAUUAUACCAAGGCUGGAAGGUUGGAACGGUCCGGCCCUGAGUGUAAGAAGGGGUGAAGAGAUUCCACAGCUUCACAGCAUGGUGGCGUUCUUCCCCAGAAGCGCAGACAAAGGCUACGACAUCGCGCUCAAUCUGGUAAGGAACCAGAAUGAAGGUUUAAGUACCUCGGCGUGGAAAUUCGUAUCGAGCAAGGGUGAGGGUUCCGGAUGGAACCUCAACAUAACGAUGGACGAUGAGUCCUACAAGUACAUUCGGCAGAAGGGAUUCAGAUUGAAUUUCCGUUUCGGCAAGAUUGUCGUGAGGCCAUGGAGGCCCAAGACCACGUCAUCAAGCCAGGGAGCUACGACGGGGACGACCGAAACACCGGCUCUACCCGUAACCCACCCAGCAGAGCAUGAGGCAACUGCGGCUGAGGUUUCGGGAGGGCAAAAUGAGUCCCCAACGAACCCACCCCGGCUGGGCAGGUUGAGGCCACCACCGCGGCUGGUGACAACAGCAACGAGCCCCCCAACGAGCAAGGAGGCACGUUACCAUCAACCCAGGAGCUUCUGGAGGGGCUGGAGAUGCAGGUCGAGGAAGACAUCGUGGACGAAGACCUGUCUCUGAUAAAGCCAGCACUAUAAGCUCUGGAACCGGCAUGGAAGUGGCUCAGGUGAACCUGCAUCACGCAUCGGCGGCCUCGGCAGCCAUCGUGAAGAGGUUCAUCUCGGAUAACCUGAUCAUCCUUCUAAUCCAGGAACCCUGGGUUUUCAGAGGAGAGGUAAGAGGCCUCAACACGAGAAAUAGCAAGAGUUUCUAACGCAAGAUCUGGUGGCGGUGCAGGUGAAGGACAGGGAAGGGUCGGACUUCGUCCUCGCAUCCGCGUACUUCCCGGGAGAGACAGCCACAGCACCCCCCCAUCGAUACUCAGUCUGGUGGAGUAUUGCAGGGCCAAAAAUCUUCCCUUGACCAUAGGAUGCGAUGCGCAUCA